UACGCUCGCUCGCUGCGUCCAUUAUGUUUCGUGAAUUUUAUAAAAUCGUAGUUUCUCUCAAUUUGUGAUUAUAAUAGUUACUAAAUUACAGUCUUUGAUAGUGCAUUCUAACAGGCACAAAAAGUGGUGAAACUUGCCGUAAGUCCAGUGAGGGUUGUUGGUCGGGGAAUAAUGUGGAAUAAUGACAGUGUUCUCAGCUGAUUCGUUUGACACAUUUGACAGUUAAAAUUGCGUAAUUAACAAUUAGUGUCGUGAGUGUUAUCGACAAUUCGGAGGAGAUUCUCGUGCACUAUGUCGCACUUGGACAUCCUGUUCGAUUCCAAACAAUACGCAGGCCUGGAGACUCUCACGAAUCUCUGCUACAAGGUGAUCUGUGAAAAUUUGGAUAUUAUCUCCACAAAGGGCAAACGCGGCCACCGAACACUCAGAAAGGGUUUGGCAUUUCCAAGUGAAAUUUGUGACAAAAUAAUCGAGUACGCGCAACACAGUGAAGCAAUAGAGGAGAAUGAUUGCUUUUUCUCAAUAUUCAAAAAUGUACUUGUCACCAAGUUGAAGAGAGUUAAGAUCAACAACUGUAGUCUGACGGAUUCCUCAGUGCUGACAAUUGCUUCGCAUAAGGUUACAGAGCUGGAGUUUAAUAAUUGCUCUAAUCUUACCGAACUCUCCAUCGAGCAUGUCAAUGCUAACGCUGAGAAUCUUCAAAGUCUUGCUUUUCGGGGAUGUUUUAAUCAACUCAAGCCAAAUACUGACACGUUAGACGUUAAUUACUGCGAGAGGGGAUAUGUGUUCAGUACUCCAAAUUUGAGGAGGCUAACUGUGGGAAACAUCACCAUACGUGGCUCGGAAUACACCAUUCUUCUGGAAGGACUUUGCAAUCUAAGUCAUUUAGACCUUUCAAAUAACCAAAACAUUGGGAACUUUUACUUUUAUAGUCUGGUACCCAAUUUAGUAUCUCUAACCCUGUAUGACGUUAAAUUAAAUGCCGACGCCCAAAACUUUGUCGAAAACGUGAGCCAUCUGAAAAGUUUAAGGCACCUCGAUAUCUCUCAAACAAAUUACAAGAAUGGUCAAUACGAGAUGCCAGAUAUGAUCCUUGCAGGAUUGGUACUGGGAUUACCUGAGCUCGUUUCUUUGGACAUAGGAGGCACCAACCUUGCUGGAAGAGGUGUUAUUGAACGCCCCCUUGAUAAAAGAAACAUUUACUUCGGCCAGCUCUCUGAUAUCCCUGGUCUGGCUUCUCGAGUUCAAAAUCCUCUACAGUUUCUUGGUUUAUACGGAACCUCUUAUGGAGCUUGCAGAAGACAUGAUAUUCCUGCUAAAAUAAUAGCUGGAGAUGCUAAUGAAGAGCAAAUACUUGUGGCAGCUCGAGUGUCUAUGAACCACAAGCAUGAAAUGUUACAAAAAGUUUUAAACGAUUUGUACCACAUAUUUCGAUUUGAAAAUUGCAAACGCAUGGACCAAGCGCUCUGUACGGUGUUAGAAGCGAUGGAGAAACAUCCUUCUGAAAAACAAAUCCAAAUAGCUGGAAGUGCAACGCUUUUCUACAUUGUCAAGUCGAAGGAAAAGGUUGAUGCGAGUAUGAAGAGGAGGAUAAUCGGUACUUUACUGGCGGGAAUGAGUGCUCACAAAGACGAGGAGACGAUGAUGCGUAAUGGUUGCCUGGCUCUCUGUCAAUUUCGCAUUCCUCAGGAUGUGAUGUGGAAUUACGAAGCUUUAGUAAAGGUACUCCUGCAUUCUGCAAAGCACUCUGAGCCGGAAAGUUUUGUCCAAAGAAUUGGAAUAUAUUUAUUAAACUCAUUGGCCUGUCAGGUCGAAGGCAAAGAAAAACGUCUCCUGGGGAAAUUGGGCUGCGUUGAGACAAUGCUGCAAUUGGUCGAGUAUAGAGUCGUAUCUGGAAUAUUCGACGAUGUUUUGGAAGUUGCUUGGUCUACUAUGUGGAACAUGACAGACGAAACUGAUAUAAAUUGCCAGCGGUUUUUGAACAAACAAGGCAUGGAUCUAUUUCUCAAAUGUGUCAGACAAUAUCCAAACAAGGAAGAAUUACUGAGAAAUAUGAUGGGUUUACUGGGAAACGUCGCAGAGUGGGCAAGCCUUCGAUCUGAUUUGAUGCAGGAACAAUACGUAUCGAUUUUUGCCUGUUUACUGCGUUCUGAUAGCGAUGGAAUUGAAGUAUCGUACAAUGCUGCAGGAAUUUUAGCUCACAUGGCGUCGGAUGGCGUCGAAGCCUGGACGGUUGAGAAGCCAUCAAGGACGGAAGUUUUAGAUCUUAUGGUCGAAGCGAUCGAUCGUUGGAAUAUAAAUUCAGAACGCAACAUUAAUUACCGUUCAUUUUUACCCCUUCUGCGGCUCCUGGAUGUUUUCCACACUCCUCAAUGUCAACACUGGGCAGUUUGGGCUCUGGCUAAUCUUACUAAAGUUUACCCAAAUAAAUACUGCAAAUUGGUGGUUGCGGAAGGUGGAAUAGAACAAUUGAAGAAUCUGUUAGCUUCCGAUUUGCCAUACGAGUGCAUCAAGCAUCUUGCUCGCCAAGUUAUUGCCAACUGUAUUAAGGACAGUGACAAUAGUCAGAUCAUCGAUUUUUCCUCUUGGGAUCACGAGUUUGCGCUUGAUGGUUGAGAAUCUAUAGAUAAAUAGUACUUAGAGCAUCGUGUUGAUCGUAAACGAACAUUAGAAUGUUUAGAUACCGAGAUACAUUGUAUGAUUGAAAGUUUGUACUCUCGAACAGUUACUGUUUAGAAGACCGUUUUUUUGGACCACUUUGCUAUGUAUCUCCAAUCAAAACACACUACUUUUGAUGAUAAAGCGAUUUUUUGUUGUCCUUUAAUUAUUGUACAUAUGUAUGUUGAAAAGAGGUUGCUCCUUUGAUUACUUUCGAUUUCCCAGGACUGGUUACACGAAAAAGAGUAUUUGAUAAUUUGUGAUAUAUUCCCUGCAAAAGUAUAUGAUUCUCAAAACGAGUCCUAUAUAUGCAGAAAAAGAUGGUUCACACUUUUUCUGAAAAGUGAUGUUAUGAAAAUUAGAAAAUGGAAAAUAAAAGUAAACGAGGUAUGACCUCUUUUACUAUUUUUCUUGAAAGAUAUCAUUAAUCUUGAAUUGUGACAAAUAGGCGCCCCAGCUAAAUUCUGGUUCAUUACCAAGUUCAGUAAAGAAAUCUACUGUAGCUUAAACUAUUUUACAGAAUGGAGUUUUGCAAUUAAAAUAAUUAGGGAUCAAAAUUGAUGUUUUGAGGGCAAUCAUAUGUUGUACUGUUGUAUUCAUGUUCCUUUGUCAUUUUAAAAUUUGACAGUGGUCAGUUGAUUACCACUUUUUGUACUGUAGUAUUAAUAAAAUUAAAUUAUCACUAUAAUUUAUUGUUGCAAGACUCCAGCGUUUUGAAAUACCUUCGGAAAAAUUAAAUUUAGUUAUCUGAGAAACAGUAUACACUAUAAAUUAUGAAAUAUAAAUAUUGUAUGUCGUGUGAAGGAAGGGACAGUUUAGAGUACUUUUACUGUAAAUAAUUAAUACUAGCAUACAAGAGAUAUAGUUGCUGCUAUGCGUUAGAUUUGUAUGUUUUUGUAUAUCAAUAUUAUUACAUUUUUCUGAAAAUAUUGGCUCUAAUAUUAAUUUCAAGCUGAAACUUGAUAGAUUACUCAGAUAUAGAUGUAGUUAUCGAGGCUGGAAAAUUCAAAAAGGUGCAAAUAGUUGUGGAUGACUUAUUCUAAUAAAUAAAUGUUGCAUAAGAAUUGAAA